GCAAGUUCUAAUUCUCGGCCAUUUUUGACAAUGUUGCCAAGUGGCAAUUAAGAAAUUUUGAAAAUUGAAGUUUCUCAUUUCUUCCACAUUCUUUUUACACGUUGUUGUUGAGGGGUGAAGUUGUAUUUUGGCCUUCGGUUGGAGAAAGUAGUAAAAAUGUCCGAAACCUUACAGCUAAAAGGAACCCUUUUGGGACACAAUGACUGGGUUACGCAAAUUGCGACAAACCCCAAAUAUCCUGACAUGAUUUUAUCGUCAUCUAGAGAUAAAACUUUAAUCGUUUGGAAAUUGAUACGUGAAGAUACCCAAUAUGGAGUACCGCAGAAACGUCUGUACGGUCACUCUCACUUCAUUUCUGACGUCGUGCUAUCCAGCGAUGGAAACUACGCUCUGUCUGGUUCCUGGGACAAGACGCUCAGGCUGUGGGAUUUGGCUGCCGGCAAAACUACUAGGCGUUUCGAAGAUCACACCAAGGACGUAUUGAGCGUUGCAUUUUCUGUUGAUAACAGACAAAUCGUGUCUGGUUCGAGGGACAAAACGAUCAAACUGUGGAAUACAUUGGCUGAAUGCAAAUACACCAUUCAAGAUGACGGCCACUCCGACUGGGUGUCUUGCGUGAGAUUCUCCCCCAAUCACGCCAAUCCCAUCAUCGUCUCAGCUGGUUGGGACCGUUUGGUGAAAGUAUGGAACUUGACGAACUGCAAGCUAAAGAUCAACCAUUCUGGACACACUGGUUACCUUAACACGGUUACGGUUUCGCCCGAUGGAAGUCUCUGCGCUAGCGGUGGAAAAGACUGCAAAGCCAUGUUGUGGGAUCUGAAUGACGGCAAACAUUUGCACACUUUGGACCACAACGAUAUCAUUACCGCAUUGUGCUUCUCGCCAAACAGGUAUUGGUUGUGCGCUGCAUUUGGACCUUCCAUUAAGAUUUGGGACUUGGAAAGCAAGGAAAUGGUCGAGGAACUUAAACCUGAAGUCGUUUCGCAAAACAUCAAGGCUGAACCUCCUCAAUGUUUGUCUUUGGCUUGGUCGACAGAUGGUCAAACUUUGUUUGCUGGUUACUCUGACAACAUCAUCAGAGUAUGGCAAGUCAGCGUUUCGGCGCAUUAAAGUCUUUUAUAAGUUGAUAAACAGUUUUUAAUAAAAAGACUGUAAAAGUAUUGGAGUUUCAUUCUA